AUGGUAUCAGCAGACAUCGAUACAGCACCAUCCGACGAGCAUCUUAUGGAAGGCUGGGCCUCUAAAGUAGAGACUGUGGUGGAAGAUGAAUGCGAUUUGCCCGUGCGCGCCGAAGAAAGUAGAGAUCCUUCUUCUGCAACCGGAACACAAGAAACAGGAGAGUCAUCGCACCUUUUUUCACCCGAAGCUGAAAGUUCAGAUGCCCCUGUCACACCCAGCAGCAGCCAUGGGGGCAGUUGGUUACAAAGAGAUGGUAUAGAAACAGCAAAGCCGUCCUCAGGUAACUUUUGGUUUCGGAAAAAAGCCAAAUCGGGACAAGGGUCCCUAGCGGCGGGAAAGGAUCUCGAUGAAAGCGCAAGGAGAAACGAAGAGAAGGGUGCUGCACAACAAAAUAAACCAUGGUGGAAGGCUGGGAGGGAAGUGCCCCAGCCCAUUGAUGGAAAUAAGCAUCUGAACGGUAUUCAUCGCCAAUAUCGUGGUGAUUCAUCCUGGGUUCCCCAAGCAGAUCCACAAGGUGAAACUGGAAUUGUUGUCAGAUCCGAACCCGUCAAUGUUCUGUGGGAUCUCAUGUCUCGCGCCAUAAGAGAAAGCGCUCUAUGGAGGGCCGCAACAAAAGUGCACGAUAGUUCAAAAGCUGCCGCAGAGGAACGUGCGAAGCAGGGAGCUGCAGUGCGGCAUGGUUUUAGGAGAUUCUUCCGAAAGAGGAAGACAGACGACGAAGAAAACAUUGAAGCAGAAAAGAAAGCCCCCGCUCCUAAAGUCCCGUGGUGGAGUCGCUUUCGUAGAAAUCGUUCGAAUGCUGAGCAGCCAUCAGUCGAUGGCGAGACAUCAACGGCGAUUGUUCCUUACCAGCCGGAACCACAUCCGGUCGCUGCUGCAAUGAAGAAAGCUGCAGCUGGAGUUGCGGGCACAUGCAUGGUCAUUGUUGGUGUCCCAUUGCUAUUGUUUCCAGUGCCUGGACCUGGAGUUGCGAUGAUUGCAAGUGGAGUCUAUGUAGUUUCUACAGAAUUCGAGUUUGCACGAAGCUGGUUGGAGAAUGUGAAGACCAGAUUUGGAACAGUUUUUGACCGACUUGGCAUUGAGGUCGCCACACCAGAGGCUCUCGCAGCACCAAAGAGUUCGUCACCUGUACUUCUGUUGCCACCAAGUCUCCCACCGGCGAAUGUGGAUGGGGAAAUUAAGGACUCAAAUGAGGAGGAGGAAAGUGACGAUCACAAGAAAGAAGAAGGCAUCGAUUCAAAUGAAGUCCAUUCGGCUCUCGAAGCAGCAGAUGGCGACGACUCUAUAGAGGAGUAUCGCAAGACUGAAGAAAUGAUCAUCAGGGCUUAG